AUGAACACGAUUCUGUGGUUAAGCGAUGGAUUUAUCAACGUCCCAAGCAUUAAUUUGACCUUCCAAGCUAUCAGUUCUGGGUUGCAUUAUAAGGCGGCUCAAACAGUUUGUGUGGAAGGUAGUGGUCAUCUGAUUUACCUGAACACUGCGGCCAAACAGAGCUACAUCACUGACCACCUGAGUAAUGCAGGUAUUUCUGCUGAAUUUCACAUAGGGGGUCAAAUGCUUAAUGCCGUAACCCCAACAUGGUUGGACGGAACUGCGAUCGUGAACCCACCGUGGGCGCCUGGUGAACCUCACAACAACGCCAAGUGUAUCUCGAUGAUCAUCCCAUCCGGCGAGUGGAAGGAUGAUGACUGUACUGCGGUCAAGCAAUACAUCUGCGAGAAAUAG